AUGGAUUUUUCUCAGCACUUAGUGACCUUUGAGGGUGUGGCUGUGGACUACGAGGAGUGGACGUUAUUGGAUCAAAUGCAGAGAGAUCUCUAUAGAGAUGUGAUGUUGGGGAACUAUAAGAAUCUCAUUACUCUAGCAAGGUAUGAGCCAUGCAAACCUGGUGUCAACUCUGGAUUGGAAGGCGCAGAAGAACUGAGGACAGGAACUGGAGUUCUGCAGGCCUUGGAUUUACAACUCAAAACCAAAGCUUCCACACAUCUUCAAGAUAUUUCUGUGGACAAAACACCAAAUAGAGUACAAUUGGACUUAUUUUACACGUAUGGAUUCACAGUGGGGGGAAAACUGUAUGAAUGUGAGGAAUGUGGAAAAGCCUUUGUUCAUUCUUCAUACCUUACAAAGCAUGGAAGAAUUCACAGUGGGGAGAUGCUAUAUCUAUGUAAGGACUGUGGGAAAGCUUUCACCAGUUCCUCAGGACUUGUCUUACACAUGCGGACACACACUGGAGAAAAACCCUACAUGUGUAAGCAGUGUGGGAAAGCCUUUAAUAAUUCUUCAAUGCUUAACCAACAUGUAAGAAUGCACACGAAGCCAUAUGAAUGUAAAGAAUGUGGGAAAGCCUUUGCUCGUUCCACAAAUCUUAACAUGCACAUGGGAACACACACUGGAGAAAAGCCUUAUGAAUGUAAAGAAUGUGGGAAAGCAUUUAGAUAUGCCACAUGCCUCAAUAUUCACAUGCGAACUCACACUGGAGAGAAACCAUAUGCAUGUAAGGAAUGUGGGAAGGCCUUCACUCAAUCUUCAGCACUCACUAAACACCGAAGAACUAGGGCAUGUGCAAAAACCUGA